CAUUUCUUCUCCAACAAUGGCGAUUCAAUUGGAGAGUUUGGUAGAAUCGAUAAAAUCGAAGGUGAGGAAGCUGAAGAAAUCGAAGAAACCCUACGUCAAAAUGGACAAAAGCUCCAGCGUUAGAGUGGAGAUCCGAAGCAAAAAGGCUCGUAAGCUCAUCGACAAAACUCUUCAAGCUGCUGAUCGUCCCGGCAAGAGUAGUCUUACUUAGUGCUUCUCCAUCGGAAAAAAAUAAUUAAGAAUUGAUUUGAAAAAUGAAAAUUUCUCUUUGUUUGAAGUUGUGUAUAUAUAUAUAUAAUAGAUUUUAAAAAAUGGCCGUUUCUGUGUUCCUCGACGGCGAUGAUAUCCAUUUUCCGAUGGGAACCGUUUCGGUCUU